GGGUGCGCCGCACUUCCGGUAUCAGCCAGCGGGUGCCGCUCUGCACCUCCUCUCGAUGGUGCAGUCCGCCCGGUGGGGGAGCGUGGCGUUGGAGGCCCGGCUCGGCCCGGCCCGGCCAGGCUGAGCUGGUGGUGUUUCUUUCUUGCAGAGAGGGUGUGUCAGGUACAGCCACUGUGGGACUUUAAACUUCCAAGUGUGACAAUUCUCCUGGCCAGACAUAACUUGAUGUACAAGCUCCCUUAAAAACAUAAUCUGUUUGUGCAGUAGUCAUGUCUGAAGAAGACAACGGUGAAAAUCUGAAAGAGGAAACCUCUUACAAAGGUGAAAAUGAGCAGAAGGUGAAAGAACUUGGCAGCACUGAGACCAAUGAAGAGACACAGCAUGUGCCUAUGACUCGGAAAAGACCUGAACCCAAAACCUUAAGUCAGUCUGCCGGCACAGAAAAGCCCACAGCUGAAACUUCCAAGGUUUCAGAACCUCCUGCACCUCAGUCAGGAUGGGGGUACUGGGGAAGCUGGGGGAAAUCCCUCCUGUCAACUGCAUCUGCUACUGUAGCUACUGUAGGUCAAGGUAUUUCAAAUGUCAUAGAAAAGGCAGAAACAACCCUUGGGAUCCCCAGUCCUAGUGAAAUCUCUUCAGAGACCAGAGAUGCUACAAGAGGAAGCGAAAAUCCCGAUGCUAACAGCGCAGAUGCAGCUGGUGAUGGCAGUUCCUUUCCUAUGGCUGGAGCUUUUGGAGUUUUAUCAACCAUCUCUACUGCUGUUCAAAGCACAGGAAAAAGUGUUAUUACUGGAGGUCUAGAUGCCUUGGAAUUCAUUGGGAAAAAGACAAUGGAUGUGAUAGCUGAGGGAGACCCUGGAUUCAAAAAAACAAAGGGCCUAAUGAACAGAACCUCUACGUUAUCUCAGGUCUUACGAGAGGCAAAGGAGAAAGAAGAGCAGCAGACAGCUACUGAGGUUACCAUGGCUACAGAGAAGAAAGCCCAUUAUGGGUUACUGUUUGAUGAGUUUCAGGGUCUUUCGCAUCUGGAGGCCUUAGAGAUGCUUUCCAGAGAGUGUGAAUCAAAGGUGAAACUGGUUCUAAAUGCCCUCUCUGGAGAAGAGUUGGACGCAGUGAAAGAGGAAAUGGAGCAACUCAAUGAAGCAUUUUCUUUAGCUGAAUUCUUUGAAGAAGAAGAGGAAGAAAAGAAAGGAGAUGAGGAGUUCACCAGGGAAGUAACAGAGCUGUUUUCAGAACUGUGCAUCUCCACAAAGCCGGAUAAACUGAUCAUGGUGAGGACAUCUGCUCACGAUUGGAUAGCACAAUUCAACAGCAGUCUUCCUAAAGAAGAAAAAGAGAGUGAAGAAAACCAGGAAGUAGAACCUGGAGAUGGUCACCAUGAUGUUAAAAAAUCAGUAGAGGAUAUUCAUGCAUUUGCCAUAAGAAGUCUGGCUGAACUGACAGCAUACUCCAUUGAAACGUUCCACAAAACCGCAGCUUUGUUUCUGCAUGGCCAGAAACAAGAGGUGACUGCCACAGACAGAGCCAAGUCCCUUUCACAAGUGACGAUCGUGCUGUGUAAAGAACUGUCAUCUUUCUCUAAAGAGUUUACAACGUGCUUAACGAUUGCAGGGGUCAAAGAGAAGGCAGAUGUGCUUAAUCCCUUAAUCACUGGAGUGUUUUUGGAGGCUUCAAACAGUGCUUCAUACAUCCAAGAUGCCUUCCAGCUCCUGCUGCCUGUACUGCAGCUCUCUCUUAUUGAGGCUAGAACGGAACUAUCACAGCAAUAAAAACCCAUCUAAUUAAGAACUUCUUGACCUUCCCGCUUCCUAUUUUCCAUGCUGGAGAAUGAUGUAAUGGCUGAUAUUAAAGGGAAAAAGAUGAACUGAUCACUGCUACUGCAAGAGCAAUGAUUAAGUGCGGUCUGACAGUGACAGCUCUUAGAGCUCAUUGAGAGAUGUGAUUAGCAUAGCCCAGGCUGGAGGAUGAUGCGACAGACUUCAAGUGCAGACUGCUUCCCUGUUUCCAUAGACUGGGAGUGAAGUGAAGCCUCUCUGCUGUAUGUGUUGAGAAGCUCUCUAGACUGUGGAGACAGUGCUGGAGAGAAGAGUAACAGCUGUCUAUUUAAGAGUUAGCUGAAGUCAUGGUUGACUUUUAAGUUGGAGAGAUGUAAUUAGGCUCCUGAAAGCUCAGCAUUGCAGCUGAAGUGGACGUUGGAUAGAAGAUGCAAGAGAAGGCAAACAUUUUUGAUUAUCACCAUUGAUUAUUUUUCAAGACUGGAAAGAAUAGAACAGAGGAUUCCUUGUUGAGCCAUUGGUGCUGAAGAGAAGCCCCAGCUGCCUGAAGGUGUCUGCUAAUGACUCAGGAAUGUGGGAUUGGGACUCACUGGGGUGCUGUUAUUUGUUCUCUUGCAGAAUGCUUGCCUCAGCACAAACUGGAAAAAUGCUGAUCUGGCCCUAAGAAUGUGGGUACUUUACUUUAGAGCAAUAAAUGAGAACUGGCUAAAAGGGAUUGGUUCUUGUUUGAGCAAUCUAAUGAGAGAAUUGAGCAGUAGGAUGCCCCUUUUAAUGCAACUUCAAGUGUCAGCCACAGACUGUUCAGACUCAGAUUCCAUUUUUUUCAAUUUAUGUGUAAAAACAGAAUAAUGUAAUGCUCCUUCUUGGAAGACAUAUUAAAGCAGGGAAAGAGGAA